AUGCCAUUAUUUGAGGGUUGUUGCUCAAAUUUAGCCAUUGAUCGGAAGAAAUCAACUGCAUAUGCACCGUCAACAUAUGAAUUGGAAACAAAACAGCAACAACAACAACAACCACAACAGCAAGAGCCAUCAACAUCUAAACAUGCGCGAUCAUUAAAGCAGAGGAAGAGUGGAUGUUGUUCAUGUCGAGAAAUGAAUGGAAGUGGGAAAAAUCCGAUUGUCCGAUUUAACGAAGGACUACCGACUGGUUCAACUGAAAUGCUUCAUGCAACAAAUUUCUAUCAGAAUUGUGUGGAUGAAGAUACAGAAAGUCGAUGGAUGGAAGUUUACGAAGAACAAAGAUCUGUUGGGCAAACAUCAUCCGAAAAUGAUGGAGAAAAUGAAGUGAUUACUUCGAAGUUAUCAACACGAUCCACAAUCGAAAUUGGUCAGCCUAAACCGGAUAACAGCAGUACAUUUUUAGAAAAGACACAUUCAGCAGAACCAAAAGGUGGAAAUUUCGAGUCACACUUGCAACGAUGUCACGAGAUGGAAAAUAUUGACAAAGUCGCACAACAAGGAUGA